AUGAAGUUCGUGGUGGUGCUUGUGGGAGCGGGCACCUUGGCCUUCCUCGGCGCGGUCAUCUGCAUCAUCGCCAGUGUUUACCCCCGAAAACAAGCCUCGCCUCUCAGCGACAACGGCACCCUGACAUCGGAGUCGCUGCUCCAGCCUUUGGAGCCUGGAUCGGUGGCGCACGCUGGUCCGCUGGGCGCGCUGCACGGUGCCGAGUCCUACAAUGGAGGGAACGGGCUCGGUGGCAUCGGCCUGGAGGUCCCGACUUUAAACGAGCUCAAUCUCGGGGAGGAAACCGGGGGAGGGUCCGCUAAACAGUUCAGCUUCAGCCGGUUGAUCUGCACGCCUGUUCCCGUCGGAGAGUGCAAGACCAAGGAUCUGAGGCAGCAGCAGCAGCAGCAGCAGGCGGAUGAUCCAUAUGCAGCCGGGGAUGAGGACUGGACUUAUCUCCGGACUACAGCGGAGGAGCUCCGGCAGAUGGUCCUGCAGCAGAACGACCAAAUCCUCAUGGACCAGAGGACCAUCCGGGAGCUCACAGGGAAGCUGACUGAAUGCGAGAGCGACCUGGAGGACGAGAAGAGCAUCCCGGAGCGCAGCGUCGGGGUCUGGAGCGGGAACAGGCGGGUCAUGGCCGGGGAUGAUGUGAGCUCCUCCGCCGCGGCGCAGCUGCAGACGGCUCGGGCUGUGGAGGAGCUGGCCAGGGCCAUCAUGGACCUGAAGGACCGCAUUGAGAAACUAGAGGCAGAGAUUGGCCCUGCCGCCUUAAACCUCACCGACACAUCCAUGGGCUCAAGUAGCAGCAGCCCGGCUGGUAACACUGUCAAAUCUCCCACUCCACCCACCGGUGGUGCCUCCUCUACACCCUCCGCAGUCACCCCAGGGAGCCGCCGCCCUGCCUCUCAUGCUUCUCCUGCCCCCAAACCCCAAUCUAAGGCCUCUCCCGGCCGCGGAAAGGGCACCUGGAGAGUGGAGGACCUGGAGGGGGAACUGGAGAGGAAAAUAAAGAUGUUAGAGAAGGAGCGACAGACUAUGAGGAAAGAGACGCACGGCCAGCAUGAGAAGAUCAAUCAUGGCAUCGAUACCGUGAACCACCGCGUCACUGAGCUGGAGCACACGCUGACAGAGCCGUCGUUCCCUGAUGGCUUCGUCCUCUCCUUCCCCAUGCGGACCAACUACAUGUACGGCCUGGUCAGAAAAGAAAUAACUGAGAUGUACGCCUUCACUGCCUGCGUAUGGCUGAAGGCUAAAGAAGGGGGGAUCGGGACCCCAUUUUCCUACUCAGUGCCGGGGCAACCAAAUGAGCUGGUGCUGCUACAAGGAGUCCACAACCCUGUGGAGCUGCUCAUCAACGACAAGGUGGCCCAGCUGCCGUUGUCGCUCCCACAGGAUGAGUGGCAACACAUCUGUGUUAGCUGGACCCUGAGGGACGGAGUGUGGAAAGCCUAUCAGGGAGGAAAGAUGAAGGGGAGGGGUGAAGGACUGGCUGCCUGGCAUCCCAUCAAACCCGGCGGAGUCCUCAUACUCGGCCAGGAGCAGGAUACACUGGGCGGGCGUUUCGAUGCCUCCCAGGCCCUGGUCGGUGAGCUCUCCCAAUUCAACCUGUGGGACCGCGUGCUGAAGCCUGCCGAGGUCGCUGCUCUGGCUGACUGCAGCUCCUCGGUGCUUGGCAACAUCGCCCCCUGGACCGAUCUCGAUGUAGACGUCUACGGCGGUGCCACCAAGGAGUCUUUGGACCCGUGCCAUGCUGGUCAGAGAUCAAACCCAUCCAGCCCCAAACAGUGA